AUGAUGAUAUUGAAUUGGUCUUCUUUUUCUUUCUUGAUAUGGUCCUGGCAUGAUAUUACCGAGAUGUGCGUGCGUUCAACAAUUCGUGAAGGUGUCCGUGACUUACUAGGCCUACCAAAGACGAAGCCAAAACCGGGGGGUACAGAGUCCUUGCGGCUCCGGAAAAAGUGCAACGCCAGUGUCAGGCAAAAGGAAGUAGCCCCGAGUGGCCCUUCUCGAACCAAAGAAGCAACUCCCCCGGAACAUCCACAGUCUUCGAAGCCUGCUGCAUCCGGGAGCCGGGGUCGUGCUGGCAAGGUGCUGGAAACUACCCCUCUCCGCCGGAAAAUGGGUACAACCUCAAAGAGAAAUAGAAGUGACACACCCCCGGUAUCUCCUCAGGUGACCCCUAAACGUCAAAGCGUGCGCAUUCUACACGCAAGAUCUUCUGGAACAAGCACCAGUAAUGUUGAAGCUACCGGAACCCCAACUGUAGUGACAGUUGACGAUGAUAGUGAUGAUGGUGACACCACCGAAUCCGAGGCUAAUGUUCCAGAGCAAGAGAACGUUGACGAUGCUAGUGAAGAUUCUGACAGGGACUUCAAUGAGGGUUGCAGUGAGGAUGCAUUUGCUUAUUCCAGCGACUAUCCAGGUGGACAGGUGGUGCAGAUGUUUUCUUCGAGUCCGCUGGUUAUUGACAUUGCUGAGGACCCAAACCCUACUGCGGCCAUUGCUGAUCCUGCCCGGAGCCCCCUUGAGGCUGAGCAUGUCACUUCAAAUUUGGAAAUUGUGCCUGUAGUACCUUCUCCCUUCAACACAUUCAAUACACUGGUCGAGGCAGCCCUUGCAGGAUCCUCUCCAACCAUGACACCAACGGAUUCUCGGGAUGAAACGCCUACGCUCCAAGUUACGAGCCCUUUACCACCUAUCUUCCGGCAUUUUCUCCAGAGGGACCUUGAUCCUGCCAUUUCACCAGCCUUUCCAGCAGCCUUUCGGAGCAACACCCUUGCCGUCCACACAACCCUGCUCGUUCCAUCUCACAUUCAACCACUUCUCCGGGCGUCAGGGCCUAGUCCCCUAGCACUUCUUCCAGCGGUUCAAUGUGACAAUGUGAGCGCUGCUGAAAACGCCCAGGCUAUCAUUACCAUCGCCGGGAAUGCCGCUGCAGAACACCCUCGUAGCAUGUCUUGGCUGGAGUGGGAGGAAUCAUUUACUGCUUUCAUGGCUUUCUUUGACAGUGGUGCUCAGGUCCUUCGAUCUGCAGAUGAACUCCUACGCACUCUUCCGGGGAAUUCUUGUUUAUCCCGAGACGGUCGCAGCUUUGGAGAAAUUUCUAGACAACUGCUGGACAUUACUGAUCACAGGCUCCUUUGCUGGCGGGAUGCAGUUUGUGAGGCUAUGACUCUGGGCUUUCGAGCAGAGUCUCUUCUGAACCUGGUGAAGGGUUUGGCACGUGCUGCAUUUGGGGCACGGGCUGUUCAUAACAUGAAGUCAAAUCCCGGCCCUGAUGAAAUAAGGGCAGCAGCAGAGGCUUUGGUCUUCAAGCAGCAUGAACUGGAAAACCAGCGCAGGGAAUUGCGUGGCCUCCUUUCUGCCCAAGGUGUCUCUUCCGACAGUGCUGACUGCGUGAUGGAGGCAGUGACAAGAUCUUCUCACGGGGCCUCCUCCGUUCCUUUCUAG